AUGUAUUUUAAAUUAAUAAUUUCUUUUUUUCCGCUGCUUUUUUUCAAAUUUUCUAUUGGGAAUGAGUUUAAAACUGAUUCAAAUGAAAAUGAUAAACUCUCCUUUUCCCGAUAUAAAAGAGCUUCAGGCUUUAACAGCCUUGGAGGAAUUGAGGAAGAGGAUGGAGAGAAAUGUUCUAAAUUCAAACAAGAAGGUGAAGGGCCUCUUAUAGGAGGUUCAGAUACAAAAACGAUUAAAGAAAAUGUAGAAAAAGAGAAGAAAAAAGGAAAAAAUGUUAAAAAAGUCUUGUAUAUAAGCGAUUAUCUUCUAAGAUCGCCUCUAUAUUUCCAUGUAAUUUAA